CACGUCGCGCGACUAUCAUGGCGUCGCGACGAGCGCUUUCCCACGUUGUUUCCGCUUUUCGCGCGAACAAAGAUCUCGUGCACGCGCGAUAUCAUCAGCCCAGGUCGCAGCUGCCCGCACACCUCGGCUCGUGGGUCCAGCCCGCUCGGCCAAUUUCGUCCAAUAAUUGCCUGGCUGCCAACGCGGCUCAGGCUGUGGGCAAGGCGAGCGAGGAGCAGGCCGAGCACCCUGCCGCCAAGCCCGUCGCCAAGCCCGCCCCCGCGGUUACGGGUUCCACCGCCGCGGAGGCGAGGAUCCGCGGGCACGCCGCCGAGAGCGAGGUCGUAGCCAAGGCGCCCCUCGAGAGUUCGAGGGCCGCGUCCCAGAUGGAGAGGGGGUUCCAGAGUGGGCUCCCACCCUCCCCGUCCGUCGUGGUCAUCGACACGCUCGAAUUACUGCGUGGCUUCGAGCGCGCGGGCUUCAGCGCGCAGCAAGCGGAGGCGAUCACGAGGGCCACCCUGGCGGUGACAAAGUCCUCGGUGGACCCGCUCGCGACCAAGUCCGACCUUGAGAGGCACAUUCUGGGGCAGCUCAGCGAACUGAGAGAGUUCAAGCAGGACAUUGGCUCGCGGCACAGGGAGGCCGCUGCGAACUCGAAGCACAUGGCCGACAUGGUCCUCGCGGAGUGCGAGAAGCUCAGGGCGGAGCUGAGGUACACCCACGAAAAGGUGACGAGCUCGCAGAAGCUGGACCUCAACCUGGAGCGUGGGCGCAUCAGAGACGACCUCACAGCUCAGGACAACAAAAUGGCCGCGGCGGAGGCUCGGCUGGACAGGGAGAUGGCGGCGAUGCGAACCACGAUCGAGGCGGCCAAAAACGACGUCAUCAAAUACGCUGUCGGUACUAUCAUGUCGUUCGGCGCGCUCAGCCUCGGUCUCAUGCGGUUGCUGGGUUGAACCUGACGGCAAACCAGCUACUAGUCUUGUCAUGUACGAAGGUAAAAUCAUUUUCU